AUGCCGUUGCACGAAGAUCAUGCAGCUGGAGGACAGGGGAGUCAGCUGUUUGAAACAGACCGCCUAGAGAAAAUGAUCCCUGUAUACAGAGCACACAGUAGCACAGUGAAUACGGAUCAGGAGGUGGCCAUGAUGCUUUCUGCUCCCAUUCUGAAGACACUGAAACCAGCCCUGCCACCAUCACCCGUUCGAACAGAGGAAGAUUCUGUUGACCAAGUGACAAACUUGCGAAGUACUAGUAUUGGAGACAAUACGAUACGCCUGCAGUGGAGCCCGGUUGCAAGAGCGACAAACUAUAGGAUCACCUGGAGGCGCAGAGACGGUGUUGAGGUUUCCAGGUUGGUGACCAGGGAUGUAACGUCCAUAGACAUCACAGACUUACUGCCUGGGACGGCCUACACCAUCUUCGUCUCCACUCUGAUCGGCACCACGGAGAGUGAACCCGUAUCGAUUGUUGCACAAACAGCUCGGCAGGAGGUUGGCGCUGUGACAAGUCUGCGGAUAUUUGAAAGCCAAAAUAUCAUAAGAGUGACAUGGGUCGGGGUUCAAGGAGCUACAUCCUAUAGAGUCUCCUGGAGCCCGGAGGAGGGUGGUCCCGAACAAACUAGAGAGGUGACGGGUAAUGCCAGCUCAUUCGAGCUGGUCGACCUGGAGCCAGGUGUCCGAUAUGUCGUCAAAGUCACGGCACUGGUGGGCAAUCGUCAGGGGGAACCGGUCUCUACGAGUGUGACAACACCGGACAUUCAGGCAAAUCCUGUGAGAGAUCUCAGAGUAACAGAUGUAUCACGUCAACGGGUGAGACUUACCUGGUCAGAAGCACCUGGAAGCACCGGAUACCUAAUCUACUGGAGACGGGUAGAUGGUGGACCCGAAUCAAGCCGGCAGGUGUCUGGGGACGUGAGGUACUAUGACAUCGACAACCUUCUCGCCGGCGCCCGCUAUCAGUUCCGUGUGAUCUCUGGGAGCCGGGAGAGUGAAGCUGUGUCGAUCCUAGCCAACACCGUCUGUGGGACCGGUAGGACGGACAUUGUGUUCAUGGUGCACACGACUCAGGAUAAUCAGUACAACGAGGAGAACAUCAAAAGGUUCCUCUCACAGGCCGUGUCCUCAGUGGGGCAGCUGGGACCCGAUGCUACGCAGAUUGCAAUUGGAGCCUACAGUUUCCGGCAGCGUCCCUCAGUCCUGCUGAACCGUUCCAGCGAGCUGCGGUCAGUUCUGCAACAAAUUCAGAACAUCCCGUUCUCUGAUCCCAGCGGGACCACCAUUGGUGGUGCCAUAGAUUUUGCAAGGAACUAUCUAUUCACCCGGGCCUACGGCAGAAGGCAGAAUGUUCCUGGUGUUCUGGUAAUUUUUGCAGAUACUCCAUCAUCAGAUGAUGUUCUACAAGCAGCGAAUGCCCUCACAGCUACAGGUAUUCGGGUUUUGGCAGUAGGAACGAAUGGAGCUGACCAGGAACAGCUACGUAGAAUAGUCUCUGGUCAGAGCCCGCGGAACGUCUUCUACACAGCAGAUAGUGCAAACCUGGACAGCCUCAUGGAUCCUUUGGCAGAGGCGAUAUGUACGGUCACCCAAGUGGAAGAGCCUUGUACGGUGCAAUGCCCGCAGGGCGAGAGAGGUCAGAAAGGAGAAAUAGGGAGCAGCGGCCGCCCAGGAUCAACAGGACCACCAGGAGACCCCGGUCGACCAGGUCCCCCUGGUCCACAGGGGCCAGUUGGACCCCGUGGCCCUGCUGGAGAGGGUACAGCCACAAGAGGACAGAAGGGUGAAACUGGAGAGCCAGGAGGUGAUGGUCUCCCAGGAAGUCCCGGCCGCCCUGGUAGUAAUGGCACGCCUGGUACCCCGGGGAGUAAAGGAUCUCAAGGCGAGAAGGGGGAAACGGGGGAAGGCGGACCUGCAGGUCCAGUUGGUCCAAGAGGAGAGAGAGGAUUACCGGGUGAACCCGGGGAGGUGAUUAACGGAGGAGGAGGGGUGCCAGGCCGAAAAGGCGAACCGGGCAAUCCGGGAACUCCUGGUCAGCCUGGAAUCCCAGGACAGAGAGGAUUACCAGGAACUCUAGGACAACCUGGACCAGAAGGACCCAGCGGACCUCCAGGUGUUUCAGGACAAUCAGUGAAGGGAGAAAAAGGAGAACGAGGUGAGAGAGGUCUUCCAGGAUUAGUCAAUGGUGUGGCCAGCAAGGGAGAGCCGGGAAGUCCAGGUCCGCCUGGUCAAAACGGAUCACCAGGGCCCCGGGGGCUAGCAGGACUUCAAGGACUAAAAGGCGACAAGGGAGAGGCAGGAGAAGGCUUCCCCGGUGAACAAGGACGACCCGGAGAUCCAGGUGAUCGAGGGCCCAGAGGACCUCCGGGAGAACAAGGAAUAAAAGGUGACCGUGGACAACCUGGCCUGGAUGGAGACCCUGGAGUGAAGGGAGAUCGAGGUUCUCAAGGAUUUCAAGGGCUUAAGGGAAAUCCAGGACAAAACGGUCAGCCAGGUCCAUCCGGACCCUCGGGGCCUUUAGGACCGGCGGGGCCACAAGGAGAAAAGGGUGCCCAAGGAGCUCCGGGGGAGCCUGGCACAUCGGUUUCCACUGCGGCUGGGAUGAAAGGAGAAAAGGGCGAUCGUGGUCUGCAGGGGAUCGGGGGUCCAAAAGGCUCAAGAGGUGACCCAGGAGAGAAAGGCGAGAGAGGUCCGGAAGGAUUCGGCUCUCCUGGGCAGCCGGGAGCUAAAGGAGAAGCAGGGGAUAGGGGACCCAUGGGUCCGGCUGGAAGAGCAGGUCCAAAGGGAGAACCCGGCGAUUCGGGGCAGAAUGGAGAACCUGGAAAGCAAGGUCCUCCAGGACAAAUUGGGCUUCGGGGCAAAGAAGGAGAAAAAGGAGACAAGGGAGAAGAAGGGACGCCGGGAGAAUCGGGUAUUUCAGGCAGGAACGGAGAAAGGGGCCCAAGGGGUCUUCCAGGAGUAAGAGGCAACCCAGGAGAGAAGGGGGAUCCAGGAGAACCUGGGGAGACAGGGAGAGACGGGAGCCCCGGCGCUGGUGGCAGUAAAGGCGAACGCGGUGACUCCGGGCCCCAAGGACUUCAAGGACCCCCAGGAAAACCAGGUACCAUUGAGUCUAUAGUUCCGGGACUGAAAGGUGACAAGGGUGAUGCGGGUGACCCCGGAGAACAUGGGAUGAAAGGCCUGAAGGGGGAAGCUGGUGUAAACGGUCUUCCUGGAGAGCGGGGUUUGGAAGGAACCAGAGGGCCACCUGGAAGUCGGGGAGAUACUGGAGAUCGCGGCGCUCCAGGUGACAAGGGUGAACGUGGACCUCCAGGAAGUGAUGGAAGAAAUGGAUUUGAUGGAAAACCGGGACAACCAGGGACCCCAGGACUGAGAGGUGAUGCCGGGAAACAGGGAGAUCCAGGUAGAGAUGGUCUUCCGGGACUAAGAGGAGAGCAAGGACCCCCUGGACUAAUCGGACCAGCUGGACCACCAGGAGUACCGGGAAAACCCGGAGAUGAUGGGAAGCCUGGUCUGAAUGGUAGAAAUGGGGAGGAUGGUGCUCCUGGAGAAGAUGGCAGGAAGGGUGAUAAAGGUGAAGCUGGUCCUACAGGGAGAGACGGUCGUGAUGGUACCAAAGGAGUUCAAGGAGAAGUAGGCCCACCAGGUCUAGCAGGAGUACCAGGGGUUCCAGGACCACCAGGACUAAUUGGUGCUCCAGGACAGGGAAUCCCUGGAGUUGCUGGCCCAGCUGGAUCAAAGGGUGACCGAGGUGAAGCAGGACCUAAAGGUGAACAGGGACGGCCUGGAGAAAUGGGUCUGAAAGGGGAGCCUGGAACUGCUGCAAAUGUAGAGAGAUCUCUGAAUGCUUUGGGAAUCAAGAUUUCUGCCCUGAAAGAUGUCAUUGAUGUCUUCGAUGAUGGCUCCGGAAUAUCCGUCCUUCCUGUCUCAAAGAAGGUUAAGGGAGAACCUGGGGAACCGGGAGAGAAAGGAGCUCCAGGCAGAGAUGGAACAAUGGGAUUUCCUGGGGAGAGAGGACAGAAAGGAGAAAACGGAGAUCAAGGUCCUCCUGGACCACAAGGCCCUAUCGGACGUGCUAUUGGAGAGCGAGGUCCUGAAGGCACACCAGGGCAACCUGGAGAAGCUGGAAAACCUGGAAUUCCAGGAGUACCAGGGAGGACCGGAGAAACUGGAGAACAAGGAAAACUAGGAGAGAAGGGUGAUCGGGGAGAGAGAGGAGAACGAGGAGAAAGUGGCAAGGAUGGAGCAAGGGGACCUAUUGGACCCCCAGGACCUAAGGGGGAAGCAGUAGAACUUAUUGCCACCGGGCCACGUGGAGAAAGAGGACUACCAGGACCGAAGGGAGCCAUGGGUGACCCAGGAGAAGAUGGUGUGAAAGGACCCAAAGGAGAUAAGGGAGUAGAAGGUUCUAAAGGAGACCGAGGUGACCCAGGAGAGAAGGGCAAAGAUGGCUCCCCAGGGCUCCAAGGAGAGCGAGGACUAGCAGGGUCUGAAGGAAAACCGGGCGAGAAGGGCAAUAGCGGGCUUCCAGGCCCGGCUGGAAACCCAGGAGAGCCAGGUCAGCAGGGUCCUCCCGGUCCCCCUGGACCAGCUGGGCUAAAGGGCAAUCAAGGAGAACCUGGACCCAGUGUUAGAGGCUUUCCAGGUCCACCGGGCAUUGCUGGACCCCCUGGUUUAUCUGGAUCACCUGGAUUAGCGGGCCCACAAGGACCUCCCGGCGUCCCUGGCUUAGUGGGAGAAUCAGGAAAAAAUGGAAUACCUGGCAGAGAUGGAUUACCGGGCAAAGAUGGAGAACCUGGACUUUCAGGGAAGAUGGGUAUUCCAGGUCCUCCAGGUGCUGUCGGAGCCAAAGGAGCGACGGGAGAAGCCGGUACUCCCGGAGAAUUUGUGGCUGGUGCCCCUGGACCAAAAGGAGAGAAGGGUGCUUCUGGUGACCAAGCCAGUCAAAUUCCAGGUGAACCGGGUGAAAAGGGAGACAGAGGAUUACCUGGUCCCAGAGGAGAGAAGGGGGAACAAGGGAAAAAUGGAGACACUGGAGACCCUGGAGAAGAUGGAUCCAAAGGUCCUCCAGGAACCAAAGGUGAUAAAGGUGCAAUUGGCAUUGGGUUACCUGGACCCGAAGGACAGAUAGGACCAGCAGGCUUGAAGGGUGAUGUCGGGCUGCCUGGUCCACCAGGUCCACCAGGUCUUCAAGGUAUUGCUGGGACUCCUGGUCAGCCAGGUCAGAGAGGAGAACUGGGACAGGUUGGAUCCCCUGGUGCACCUGGGGAUAGGGGUUUGAUCGGUUUCCCUGGAAGAGAAGGGAAUCCAGGAUCACAAGGACCAUCAGGGGCUCCUGGGCCAACGGGACCCCCAGGACCUACAGGAAUCAAGGGUGACAAGGGUGAUCCAGGAAUUGGUCAGUUGGGUCCUAGAGGAGAGAGAGGAGAUGCAGGUCCAAGGGGUGAGGAUGGCCGUCCAGGAUUGGAAGGUGACCGUGGCCCCCAGGGUCUUCCAGGAAACAGAGGAGAACGAGGAGACAAGGGUGACACCGGUCUUGUAGGAGUUAAGGGAGACAAGGGUGACACUCUGACCAUUGAAGGACCUCCAGGAGCAAAAGGAAAUAAAGGAGAGCUGGGUGACCGAGGAAUGAAAGGGUCUGAGGGAGAAAAGGGGGAUAAAGGAGACCAAGGAGCGAGCGGAGAAAAGGGAGUCAAAGGAGAGGCAGGAGACAAAGGGACAACCGGUUUUGUAGGACCUCGCGGACCUGGUGGACAAAAGGGUGAAACUGGAAAUCCUGGAGAAACAGGAGAAGCCGGUAUCCCGGGUAAAGAUGCAUUACCUGGACUACGUGGAGAGAAAGGAGAACCAGGUCUAAAUGGGUUUAGAGGACCAAAGGGAGAUCGUGGUAUGAAGGGUCUUUGUGGCCAGGAUGGAGAGAAGGGAGAUAAGGGUGACACCGGCAUGACUGGACGCCAUGGUCUUCCUGGAAAAAAAGGAGAUCCGGGAGAAUCGGGGAUCCCGGGACUGUCUGGCUUGCCUGGAAAAGAAGGCCUUGUUGGAGCCAAGGGCGACAGAGGGAUGGAAGGCUUACAGGGUACUAAAGGAGACCAGGGAGAAAAAGGAGAAAGAGGUCCAGUGGGUAUAAUCGGUUCAUCUGGACCCAGAGGUGUUGAUGGAACUCUAGGUCCUCCUGGCCCCCCUGGUCCUCCUGGUUCUAAGGGUCCUGAAGGCAUUCAAGGACAGAAGGGUGACAGGGGCCCUCCUGGAGAGGCUGUUAUGGGGCCACGUGGAAUACCAGGGAUUUCGGGAGAGCGAGGUGACCAGGGACACAUUGGACUAGAUGGAGCGAAAGGAGAUAAAGGUUCUCCAGGAAUGACUGGGGAUGAAAUCCGGAACUAUGUGAAGCAGGAGAUGAGCCUGCACUGCGCCUGUGGAGGUCAGUUCCCAUUUCCUGAAAAGAACUCGGGUUAUGGUCCCAACUAUCCAUCUCCCCAGUCGAAUCCAUCUAUCUCUCGUUUAGUCCCAGUCCUAAAGUUCUCUCAUGCUGAGGAAGAUGAGGGACGUGAGCUGAAGGAGGUGGUGAACACCAAUGAUCCUGAUUAUGAGCAUAUAUACACAGUGGACGACUACAAGGAAGAUAUGGAUGAAGAUGGGACAGAGAGCGCAAUUCUGUCUGAUGAUAUGACAAUCCCAACAAUAUCUGAGGCCAGUGUUCGAAGGAAGAGAGACACUGCACAAUACGAUAUAUGUAGUCUCCCCAUGCUGGAAGGGGAAUGCACCAAAUACACAUUAAAAUGGUAUUAUAAUCAGCGGGUGAGAGAAUGUCGCCCGUUUGUGUACAGCGGCUGCGGUGGAAAUCUCAACAGGUUCGAUGAGAAGGACCAGUGUGAGCUACAAUGUGGGCACAGAAAAGAUAAACCCCAAGAAGACGGAAGCUAAGACAUCGCGCAGAACUAGAAAAAUAUAUGUAUAUUGUAAUAUCUUUGUAAGAUUCAAGUUUGAAAAAAAACCUUGCAAGUUAUAGGGUCCAAAUUGUGAUCCCCUGUCAUUACAUCUGGGAAAUAUUUGUAUUUUUUAUUGUUAAUAUAAUUAUGAAUUCUGUAUCUCAUAUCACAUGGUGCAUAGAACUUUUUUCGUAGCAGAGAAUUGGUGCUAAAUUUUAUACUAUUUUUCUACUGAAAGGGACAUUUUUUUUUAGCAAAUCACAUCGUACAGGUUGUAGGUUACAUGAGAGAGACCACGAUUUGUCAUUAAAGCUCUCCAGUACAACCAAAUGAAAGAGGGUCUACCAAAAAUCUGAGUAAGGGCUCAUUCACACAGCCGUUGCCGUAUUGCAUACGGCGGGUCCGCAAUACAUGGGGCACCGGUCGUGUGCAUUCCGCAUCACGGAUGCGGACCCAUUCACUUGAACGGGUCCUCAAAUCCGGAGACGAGGUGCGGAACGGAAGCACGGAACGGAACCCCACGGAAGCACUACGGAGUUCUUCCAUGGGGUUCCCUUUCGUGCCUCCGCAACGCAAAAAGAUAGAACUUGCUCUUUCAUUUUGCGUAACGGAUGGACAGCGGACCCAAGUAAAUGGGUCCGCGAUCCGCAUGCAGCUGCCCCACGGUCGGUGCCAGUGCAUUGCGGACUGCAAUUUGCGGUCCACAGCACCGGCACGUAACACGUAACACUGAGCCUCCUAGCCCCUUUGGGACCUUCAGCUCAGUGACAACGUGGCGAUGAGUUGUAGACUACAGUAGGCACAGAAGAGUUGCCAAGGACUUGCUUUCUGACAACCUUAUAUAACCUCAGUUCACUGACAACAUGCCCCUGAUUUGUAGAUCAGAGUAUGCCAAGACUGGUUGCUAAGGAUUUUCUAUCUUAACAACCUCAUAUAUAACCCUCCACCUCCACCUGACAAUUUGGCUUUGAGUUGUAAAACUGACAAAGCUCAGACUGGUUACUAAGGCCCCUUUCACACGGGCGAGUAUUCCGCGCGGAUGCGAUGCGCGAGUUGAACGCAUUGCACCCACACUGAAUCCCGACCCAUUCAUUUCUAUGGGGCUGUUCACAUGA